CUUUAGCGGCCUUUUUCGGUGGAGGAGAUUCGCGUUUCGGUCUGACGGCUCAGAUUGCCGUUACGAAUUACCACGCGUCUGUGAAUUUGACGGUCAAGUGUAACGGUCAGUUGUGACCUUUUUCACUUUAUUGUUAAGUAUUUUUUUAUUGCAACAAUGCGUCCGGACUCGAGAAGUGUCUCAUUUACGUUCCACCGUGAGGUACUCGCGGAUCGUUCGCCCCAGGUGUCCCAGAGCCGUCGCAACCUACGCCAGAGACUCCAGGAUAAAUUCGACAAAGAGAAAGCGGAAACGAAAGAAAAAUUGAAUGGCAAAUCGGAGGCCCGAGGAUGGAACAACUUGAGUCUCGGCAAUGUAUCGGCGGAUUCGCGAAGAGCUUUUAGAACAGGUGCAGAAAAGCUAUCGAAAACUAUUUCAUCGGUCAGGACAACUAUUGGAACGAUUUCACAGAAAUUUCGAAGCUCAACAAGAAGGCGACAGAUCCUGGACGAGCAACAGUCCCCAAUGAACGGUGGAUGCAAUUCAUCAACCCCUCAGACUCGUUCUCGCUGCCUCCUAGGUCGCACCCCGACAAAGCUCUACUCUCCCUUCGGUAUAGAGUCACCGAGACACGCCUGGGGAAAGGAGAACGACUCCUCAUCCGAGUCAUCAAAAUCCACAGUGACACGAGAGCCCCUGCGACCCUUUCGUUUUAUAAAAUCUCGAGGUUUCUCCGCCCUCAGAUAAGUCAAAAUGAAACAAACAAAUCAUGAUAAUAACUAGUUGGCUAGAUAUUCGUGAUUAAUACUAAGGUAUUUCUGAUAUCGGUGAAUUUAUUCUGUGAAAAAUUUCUAUAUCUAUUAUUUAUACGCUAGCUUGUAAGAAUUAUCUAUGAGAUUGAACGAAACAGGCUUUUACCUUCGAUACUCAAAACAAGGUAGCUAUUUGUCCCAGUUAAAUCUAGUUUUUUUUUUAAAUGAUGCAGUGUUCGACUGCGAAGACCAAUGAUAUUACCGCACGUAUACUUUUUUAUGCUUUUGAUAUUGCUCUUGAAUCAGAAGAAUAAAACGUUAUCAUCGAAAUGUUUUUGGUAUUCAUUUCUUCGUCGAUAUCUCGGAUUUCGUUCUCAUCUCCACAAAUUAGAACGAUUUUUUUCUUAUACAUCAGCUCUUCAAGGAGAUCCUCAAGGUUCAAUAGCCCUGUCAUGAAGUUUCCCCAACUAUUCACUGAAAUAUAGCACAGCUCACCCCCUUAUCAAAGUGCAAAGAAAAA